UGUUUCGUCUAUUUAGGUAACCUCCAAGCUCCUUAUUAAUUGAAGGUUAGGAAAGUGAUAAUAAACAUCAAGUAUCGUUACUUUUCUCUUUAUCAAAUUCAUUUAUCAAUAUAUUUAGUAUAUCAGACAGAUACUUGAACUAUGGAGACGUUUUUCGAAAUUUUCAAUUGAUUGAUCAUUUGACUGAAGAAAAUUGAGUAAAAUUUUCAUUUUUAAAUAAUGUCGUCCGUCGUAUUAGGCGGUGGUUUAGCGGGUCUUUCAGCGGCAUAUUAUCUAAUCAGAUGCAUACCAAAUCAUCCGUUGACCCUAAUUGAGGCUUCACAUAGGUUAGGAGGUUGGAUUAAGUCAAAUACUCUGGAUGACAUACUAUUUGAACAAGGUCCAAGGACGAUUAGACCACAUGGAAUAUCGGCAAGAAACACUUUAGCUCUUAUAGAGAACUUGGGAUUGACUGAUGUUGUUAUUCCAAUAAAUUCUUCACAUCCUGCAGCUAAAAACCGAAUGAUAUAUGCUAAUGAAAAACUUCAUUUAUUGCCAACUUCUAUAAAAAGUUUAUUCAAGAAGCAAGACCCUUUUUCUAAACCUCUUAUUUGGUUUUUGCUUAAUGAUCUUAUCGCCCCUAGGAAGAAUGUAAAAGACGAGUCCAUCUACGAUUUCGUCAAUAGGAGAUUUGGAAAAGAAUUUGCAGAUUAUUUGAUAAGUCCUUUGAUAUGUGGCAUUUGUGCAGGGAAUGCUAAAGAAAUAAGUGUCAACUUUUUGAUGAAAAAUUUAUUUGAGUAUGAACAAAAAUAUGGAAGUAUAUUUAGAGGGUUAACAAGAAGUGUCUUCAGUAGGAAAAUUCUCCAAAAAAGUGAACUCAGUCAAUUAGCUUUGAGAGCUCGAAAAGAGAAAUGGAGUGUUUACUCUUUAAGAGGAGGUAUUGAAACGUUGGCAAAAUCCCUCGAAAGUCACAUCAGAAAAAAUAACAUCAACAUUGAACUUGAUUCCGAGUGUGAAGAAAUUGAGUUUUUUUCAGAUAAUGUCAUACUGCAAAUGAAAGGAGGGAAAAAUAUUUCAGCCACCAAUGUUAUAAGUGCUUUGCCGUCUGCCAAGUUAGGAAUUGCACUUCAAAAACAGUAUCCAGAAUUGUCAGAAUUAUUACAGAAGAUCAAAAGUGUCACUGUAGGUGUUGUUAACCUUCAUUACAAUAAGAAAUUAAUAAAAAAUGAAGGUUUUGGUUACUUAGUUCCACCAAAGGAAAAACUGCCUAUUCUAGGGGUCACAUUUGAUAGUUGUUGUUUCCCAAGAGGAGAAAACACUGUACUAACAGUUAUGAUGGGUGGACCCUGGUUUGAAGAACUAUUCGGUAGUGACCCGAAUGAAGAAGUACUUUUGAAAACUGCAACAGAUCAGUUGAAAACCACACUUGGUAUUGUAGAUGAACCUGUGAACUCAAAGGUGAAUAUUUUGAAAAACUGUAUUCCUCAGUACACAGUAGGACACAAUGAAAAUUUGGAAAAUAUCAACAAUUAUAUUCACAAACAUAAAUUACCACUAUUUUUAUGUGGUGCUUCCUACUAUGGUGUUGGUGUGAAUGAUGUUAUUCUAUCCUCAAAAAAUGCUGUUGAUAAACUAAUUCAUUAAUACAGAAUGUUCGACUUCAGGUGAAUAAAUUUUACUGAUGUUUUCA